AUGCUGGCUAUGCGAGACGGUGUCUUGAAGGAGGAACAGAGCCAUCAUGUAGCCAAAAAGCAUCGUUCGGGUGGAAUAGGUAUUGCUAUUAGUGGGGGUGUCGACUCAAUGGCACUUGCCGCGCUGUAUACACAGUCCCGAAGAAAGAACUCUGAGCUACCCAGUGCUCAUGGAUUCAUCGUGGAUCACCGAGUGAGACCCGAGAGCACCGAGGAAGCCGAAUGGGUUGCAUCGCAGUUACGCUUGAAGUUUGACAUGGACUCCACCAUUCUUCCGCUCACAUGGCCCGACGGCUUCAACCUCAAGGACGUGAGGCGAUUCGAAACCGAAGCGCGCACACUUCGCUACCAAGCACUAGGCCGAGCAUGUAGAAGCAUGAAGAUCGCACGUCUCAUGGUGGCGCAUCAUGCAGACGACCAAGCGGAGACGGUCAUGAUGAGGUUGGCGAAUAACAGACUACGGUCGGGGCUCCAAGCAAUGCAGCAUCAAGAGUGGAUACCAGAGUGCGAGGGCAUGUAUGGUGUGUACCACAGUGGUGAAUACCAGAAGCCAAAUCGCAAGCUAGACAUACCAUUCCCCGUCGAGCGUGGAGGCAUACAUAUUUUCCGGCCACUGUUGACAUUUGAGAAGACAAGACUUAUCGCAACGUGUGAAGAGAUGGGUGUGGCUUGGGCAGAGGACAAAACGAACCAGAUAAGAACGCUUACAUCCCGCAACGCUAUACGGCAUAUCUACAAGAACUACAAACUCCCAGAGGCUCUGAGCGUCAAGUCGCUGGUUGAUGUUUCGCAACAUAUGCAAGAGCGCAUUAAGCGACACAAAGCCCUCGCCAACGAACUCUUCGACAAGUGCCUGAUAAAGCUCGACAUACAGACAGGCUGCCUUGUGGUCCGAUUCCCUCCUUUUUCCGACCUACUGCCCCAGCGAGGCUAUGCCGAAGCCGACAAGACCGAUAAGACCUACGCGAAGAACACAGCAUAUUGCCUACUAGAACGUGUGGCAGAAUUGGUCACGCCCAGCUCCAAGACGCCUCUGGGGCCACUCGCUGCAACCGUUCAUCGCAUCUAUCCCGAACUUGAGGACUUGGAGGAAGACGAGCAGAUUGGGCACUGGAAUGGGGUGCGAAAGAAGAACUACUGCGUCUACAAUCUGUGGUGGCGUUUUUGGGACCAAACUUCGCCAUUUGACAAGCAUGAGCACCAAGAAGCAGGCAUCGAUUCAUCUCUACCUCAUCCACGAGAAUGGCUGCUCACGCGGCAACCCCUCGAUGCACACGAGAUAUCAGAUACUCAGAAUCAGAUCGUCUAUCCCCCGCGGAUGCCGCCAAGAGAAGAGAGAAGAAGACUGGUCGAUGGCCGUUACUGGAUCCAACUGAAUAACCGUCUUACAUACGACACACUGAUCAUGCGCAUCUUCUCGAAAGACGACAUGCGCCACUUACCAACUUCUCAGCAAAACAAAACUCAGAUGCUGGAGCCUGACGAUGUUCGUCCCUACCGCUACAUUAUGGCCGCCUUUGAUCUACUGAAACCAGCCGACCUACGUUUUACCCUGCCUGCCGUUUUCCGAAAAGACGUUCGAACAGGUAAGGAAACUCUAGUAGGGUUUCCAACGCUCGACGUGAGCGUCAACUGCAUGGGAGCACCAGAUUUCUGCUCGUGGAGCGUGCGCUACAAAAAGAUCAACUUUGGGUCACGGUCGGCGGCUGAUAUCAUUGUUCCGGGUAGCUCCAGAAAGGACAUCGUUGCUCACGAGAUGAGGGGGAGGAUGGUUCUUGAAGGUGUGGAAAAGGCACGGGAGGCAAAGAUACGGAAGACAAAGAGGAAGCAGUACCAUGAGAAAGUCCACAGCGACACCCACACAAGACACAAGCGCAUGGUACGUUUUGACGGAAGAGACAGCAGGAGAAGAGAGUGGAAAGCAGCUGCCGAUGAUGUGCAGAGAAGUAUGCAAGCAGAAACAGAUUCACUAAGCUUUCCAAAGGAGUAA